AUGGAGGUGAAGAUGAAGAUGGAGAUGAAGGUGAAGGUGGUGACGGAGAAGUCAAAGAUGGACGCUGAAGACAGGAGAAGACACCUGAUGAAAACUGACAUCACAGUCCAUGUGGGCGGAGGAGGCGGGGCCAGACGCACCCUUAGAGGAGUCCUGAGCAGGUCAUCAGGACGCUCUCGCCUCAGCGGCUGGAGGAAGGUUAAAGGUCACCUGUUGGAGGGAGGGUGGAGCCUCGUGGCGUUCAUGUCCGGGCUGGUGUUGGCGUCUCUGUACGGCAUCACGGCUCUGUUUCUGCAGAAGCAGCCUCUGUGGUUCUGUGUGUACACCACGCUGGCCCUGGCUCUGCUGGCGGCGUUCGGUCUGGGACUGUCGGUCGGAGUCCGGGCCGACGUCACCGUGAUGCUGCCCUCGCUCUGCUCAGGUCACGGCAGGAACUUUCUCCUCUUCCUGUUUGUCUCGGUGUUGCUGUCCGGCCCGCUCGCCAACACCUUAGAGAACACGGAGCGAGCUGCUGCCAGUCUGCUGUGUGGAGCUGAGCUGGCAGCCAAUCAGACGCAAGAACUGAUGCAGAGAGCAGCCACGCCCCUCUUCUCUGUGUUGGACAGAAUCAGACAGAUCAGCAGUAACGCUCAUGCUGUCGCAGGACGAGUCCACAACUUCAUCCAGGCUCUGAGUGACAGCGUCCAACAUGUUGCUCGCAUUCUGAGGAACGUCCUCCACUUCCUGGUGGACAUCGGGGACGUCUGUAACGCCAAACUGGGCUCUCCGUACAGGAAGUGUCGGGCGGUGUUCGCCGAGGCUCGGGCUGACUGCUCCGACCUGCUGGGAGAAGACUUCAACUUCCUGUGUGACAUCGUGGAUGGCUUCCUGCCGCUCUGCAAACUCGCCCGCGCUGCUGAGCUCUUCUGCAUCAUCCCCUCCUACAUCGCCAAACAACUGAAGAAACACCUGGCAGCUCCCACCAUCGCAGCGUUUGAGCGAAUGAAGCGCGAGUUUGAAUUCAACAUCUCGGCAUCGGUGACCUUUGACCUGGACGCCAACAGCAGCCGCUCGCUGCAGCAGGUGUCUCAGGACAUCAUGGAGGAGGUUUCAUCAGACCUGCAGGUGUUUCAGAGACUCAGCGGACCGUUACAGUACGGCGGCCUUAUGCUGCUCGCCUGCUCCUUCCUGAGGGCGGUGAGGUACAGACGCAGGUAUCUCCGUGAGCUCGACUUUGACAACAUCUACAUCAGCUCUCAGUUUGAAGAGCUCGACCAACGGGUGACCUCAGGGGGCGGAGCCUCAGUCCUGCCAAUCACAAGCAGAGAGGCCAAGAUCUACAUCACACCACUGUCGCUGCACCUGUCGAGCAGAGAGCGGCGGGUGGUGAUGGUGGGCGUGGUCUCGGUCCUCAGACACCUGGUGAUGGGGGGUCUGCUGGUGGCGCUGGACUUCCUGGUGUUCUGGAUGCUGGAUCAGGUGCACCACCAGGUGACGGGGGACGUUGUGGCCCGAGCUCCGGUCACCGUGGCGGUGCAGGUGAACGGAUCCGGUUUCGCCUCAGACAUCUUCAGAGACCUGGUGGCCUCGUUUAACGUCCUGCAGGAAGGAAACAUCACAGUGAUCAGCAGGAAGUGUCUGGUUCAGCCGUCAGAGCCAAACUACAGCACCUGCUUCAUCCUAGGGUUCCUGCUGGGUCUGGCUCUGCUGGUCUCUCUGACCGGAGGAUUCGUCCAGCGCUGCAGACGAGUUGCCUGUUCUUCAUAUCACCCAGAGAGAGAGCUGGACAGGAUCCAGUUCCUCCGUCAGAGGAUCCUGGACCAGAGGAGGACGGAGGGGGAGGCCCUGAGGAGGUCUGCAGUCCGGAGCCACGCUGAACGAGGAGGAGGAGGAGGAGGAGGAGGAGGAGGAGGGCAUCACCUUCAGAGCCUCCUGCUGUGGUUACCUGGAGGAGUUCACCUGUCUCACCUGCUGGGUCUGUCACCGUCAGUCACCUGUCUGGCCUGUGGAGAGGAGGUGAGGUCAGAGGAGGAUGUGGUCACCUGUGAUGUCCCACAGUGUUCAGGCCUGUACUGCCGGCCAUGUUUCCACAGUCUGGGAAACAUGUGUGUCGUCUGUAUGCGACCUCUGACCUUCCAGGAAGAUUGCGAGGAGGAGCUAGACUCCAGCGAUGACGAUCAGCUGACUCUGUGGUCUGCAGCUCUGAACUCGACUCACCUCACUGACCCGCGAGCCAGGAGCCUGAUGAAGAGGAGGAUCACCAUGGCAACGCGCCGAAGACUGACUGAUCUGCCUGAUGUCAGUGAAGCAGACAUGACGUACCAGGACCAACCCGGGUCAGAUGAGUCCGACGAGUCCGACAGCGACGCCUCCUUCUACUCCACUUCCUCCACAACGCCCAGCAGACACCAGGACGAUACCCUGGUCACAGUCGUCAUACACCAGCCACACUGUCCCCAGAACCCCCCAGACCCCCAGAACCCCCCAGACCCUCCAGAAACCCCACAGAACCCCCCAGGACCCUCCAGAACCCCCGCGAGAACCCCCAGGACCCUCCAGACCCCCCCCCAGAACCCCGCAGGAACCCCCCAGGACCCUCCAGGACCCCAUGACCCCCAGACCCCCCAGGACCCUCGCGAGAACCCCCCAGCGACCCUCCAGGACCCCUCCAGAAACCCCCAGGAACCCCCCCAGGACCCUCCAGAACCCCCAACACACCCCAGGGACCCCCAGAACCCCAUGGAACCCCCAGGACCCUCCAGACCCCCAGAACCAACAGGACCCUCCCAGAACCCCCAGACUCCUCGCACCGCCGACCCCCCAGGACCCUCCAGGGACCCCUCCAGGACCCCCCAGGACCCUCCAGAACCCCCCAGGACCCUCCAGGACCCCCCAGGACCCUCCAGGACCCUGAAUUAG